AAAAAAAAAAAACGCGGAAGGAUACACGCGGGAACCCAGGCUGAAUGGCGACUGACCUCUACGACACGUCACCAAGAAUUCAGCAGUACGUACCGUGACACCACACUGUCUACAACCCUUGCCCGUCUUCCGCAAGUGUCCGUGCUGCCCUCCGUGACCUAUUUCCCGUUGCGGAAGAAUAAAGAUAAAACCGCCACGGACUUUCCCACAACCCAUAUUGUGAAGUCCUCACACUGUGCUCGAGGCGGCAGGAGCGAGAAGGUCCUCUCCGCUGUGGUCGCGUGUUUCGGUUCUCUGACUUGGGAUAAGAUGAAGAAGUGGGGUAAAGGAGAGUUCUGGGGCGUCGGCUCUGACUACGACCCCGACUGGAUUCUGACGGAGGGGCAGAAGAAGCUGCGCGACGACCUCAUAGAGCUGUGCAGGACCAAGAUCAGGCCGCAAGCUUCCAAGUGCGACCGUAAUUAUACUUUUCCCCGAGAAUCCAUGAACGCCAUGUCUGAACUUGGUCUGCUGGGUCUAAUUGUCCCCAAGGAACUGGGAGGCCUUGGAGAGAACCACGUGUGUUCUGCCAUGGUAAGCGAGACCAUUGCCCGCUACGGCUGCCCCUCCACCGCCAUGGUGUACACCAUGCACACAUCCGCAGUAGCCACCCUGCUCUUCCGUUACCAUGACAACCCACAUAUCCAAGACCUCCUUCGACGCCUUGACAAGGAUAAGCUAGUAGGAACUCUCUCCUAUUCUGAUCCAGCGACUGGGGGUCACUUCUGGUACCCAUUGUCUUCGAAGGCGAAGGUCCUGGACGAGAACAUGGUGCGGCUCUUCAAGUACGGCUCGUGGGCGACAAGCAGCGGCCACGCUGACUGGUACACCAUCCAGACCGUGAGUCCUGACUUCGGGGGAGACUUCUCCAACCUGUCUUGCUUCUUGGUCUACAAGGACGAAAUCCGAGCCAACACCGAAGACUGGGACGCCUUGGGCAUGCACGGCAACAUGUCCGGCCCGCUCAUCAUCGAGGGCAAGUUCUCCAUCGAAAGAAUGAUUGGCCCUCCUGGAGAUGGCCGGAAGAGCAACGACGAGUGCGUGGCUCCCAUCUUCUCCCUGAAUUCGACGUCAGUGUGGAACGGAAUCUCCCUGGCGUGCAUGGACGUGUCCAAAAGACACGUGACCCGCAAAGCACACGCUGACGUGGGGAUGCGGGUAUGCGACUACCCAACCAUCCAGGAUUAUUUUGGCGAGUGCAUGAGUCACACGAAUUCGUCACGAACGUUUCUGUUCAGCCUGGCGCAAGCCCUCGACAACGCCACCAACAACGGUGACUGGAGAAUUCACACCGUCUGCAGGUCAAAGUUUGCACACUGGCUAUUCCAAGCAAAGUUCAUUGCUGCCAAGAACGUGUCCAAAGUUGGCGAUAAGAUGCUUCACGCCUGCGGAGGGUCCGGGUACAAGACUGACCUUGGCUUGGAGCGGUUACUGCGCGACGGGAAGGCGGGCUGGGUCAUGGCGGUGUCAAACGAGGUCACGAGACAGAUGGUGGGGAGGACAGUGCUCGAGGGACUUAACGUUCUCGAUAUCUGGGACCAGAAACCGAACGAGAGAACCAUCCACCACGAAAUCAAGAAAAUGAACUUCGAGGAGCGCAAGAAGCUGGCCGCGGCGCUUCUAGAAGACGUCGCGACCGAGGAGAAGGGCGAAGCGAAGCACCCGUUCCAAGACACUGACUUUGACAACCCUUUCAACACGUGUGCUCCCGCGGCCUAACGGCAAGGCAAGAGAAGCGUCCUCAAGACAGACGACGGGGAAGAGCACGGACCUGCCCUGAACCCUGACACUUGGGUGCCACUCACCCUAAAGUGCCAGAGUCCAGUCAGCGAUAAAAUGUCCGCAUUCGACUUCGCUCUUCCGAAGCCUACCGAUCACACAGGAUGCUUCACCGGCCAGUAUGUGAAGGUUCGCGUGAACCUCAAGGGCAACGAGCAAGAGCGCUACUUCUCGCCCGUGUCGCGUCCUGACGACUUCGGCCGCAUCGAACUCGUGCUCAGGUUCGAGUCUCAGGGCCUCAUGUCUCAGCACUUCAAGGCUCUCAAGCCAGGAGACCAGGUGGAGUUCCAGGGCCCUUGCGGAGGCUUCGAGUACGAGGCGAACCAGCUGGACGAGGUGACGCUCCUGGCCUCGGGCGGAGGCAUCACCCCCGGCAUGCAGCUCAUCCGCGCCGUCAUGCACAACCCCGACGACAGGACCAAGAUCAAGCUCCUCUACUUCUCCGAGAAUUACGACGAGAUCCUGUACCGCGAAGAACUUGAUGAUUAUGCAGCUAAGGAUUCUCGACUGGAGAUGGUGCACACGCUGGGAGAGUCGCCUGAGGACUGGGAUGGCGAGGAAGGCUUCAUCGACACGCAGAUGAUCGACAAGCACGUGACCAAACCCAAUGGCAUUAAACAGAAGAUCAUCAUGUGUGGAGGCCCUACUAUGACCAUCUCGUGCCUCCACUCCCUGCGGUCCCUCGGCUUCCCCUCCGACGCCAUCUUCAUCUACGGGCAGUUCGGCACCGAACACGUGAGGAAGGUCUACGGCAGGAACGUCCAGCUCUCCGGCCACCGCUGCGACAGUGUCCUCUGAAAAAGGCGAUCUCUCCGAGGUUUCAAAGAAUGUCCCAAAGUAUUAGCGUUUGGGGAAGCGAGAGAGCACGGACUGAUUAACUAACGGACUGAUAAAGUUCUUCACUAACUUUUUGUAGAUCUUGAAAGUGUGGAACAUGAGAGAGAUUUUCACUCAGGAGCUUGAUGUCAUGGCUUAGAAAAAAAAACAUCGACAGAUAUUUAAUUUUACAGAAUGUAGAAAUGCACUCAUGAUUCUAAUGAAUGUAUUGCUGGAAACGUGCCAAACGGAUUUAUGCAUUAUGUUUAGAUAUUGCAUUUACUUAACGCUGCUGUAAAACAGUAUUUUUUUCCCUUCAGAAUACAUAUUAGAACUAUGGUACUAAAACUGCGUUCAUCACAUGAGGUAUAAUGUAAAAAUGUCAUUGCACUAUAGAAAUCACUGCUAUUUCACAAAGCCCUGGGACUCAAUACUUAAAUGAAAUGUUGUUCAAACAGUUACACGGACUGUAUCAUUCUUUACAGCUCAAAGACUCAAUUCAGAGGUAUUCGUUGAUGACUAAACGCUCAAUCCUUUGAUAUAAAGGGAGCCACUUUGUUUUUUCCUGUUUUAAAGUAGAUUCUUGUCCGAUAUAUAAUUAGCUGUGGUCGUUGCUAUAUUUUUUUUCUAUUUUCUAAGAACAAGUAUCAGUGGGUCUUUUAUCGAGAGAAGACUGUCGCUGAAUUCUUAACUGGUACUUUUAUCUGCCAAUAGAUCUUUUACAUAAUAUUAAUAUAGAUUUGGUUUAUAUCUUUCAUCUCCUAAAUACGUAAACUAUAACCACAAUUACUGAAUCACAGGGAGUUGCCAAGUAAUAUUGAAAUAAAUAAAUGAAAUAAAUGUUAUCUUAACAGGCCA